GUAAUGGAGAAGCUGAGCACACCUGUGUGUGCCGUGGAAGGAGAGCCUGUGGGGAGUAAUGACGUGACGCUCAAAUGCAAAUCGUCACGAGGCACUCCUCCACUGACGUACAGCUGGACAAAGACGAGUGGAAACCAGAAGAUGCCUCCUAAAGGCUUUGAAGACACCACAGGAGAGAACUUGUUUGUAAAAAGGAUCUCAGAGGAUAACUGUGGAAGAUAUCGCUGUACGGUGAAAAGUCUGCUUGAUACCAAACACUGUGAGAUCCAACUUAAGUGCCCAUCAUUGAACAAGAGCGAUGCAACCAAUUACAGUGAGAUCCAAACAGUAAUGGAGGAGCUGAGCACACCUGUGUGUGCCGUGGAAGGAGAGCCUGUGGGGAAUAAUGACGUGACGCUCAAAUGCAAAUCGUCACAAGGCACUCCUCCACUGACGUACAGCUGGACAAAGACGAGUGGAAACCAGAAGAUGCCUCCUAAAGGCUUUGAAGACACCACAGGAGAGAACUUGUUUGUAAAAAGGAUCUCAGAGGAUAACUGUGGAAGAUAUCGCUGUACGGUGAAAAGUCUGCUUGAUACCAAACAUUGUGAGAUCCAACUUAAGUGCCCAUCAUUGAACAAGAGCGAUGCAACCAAUUACAGUGAGAUCCAAACAGUAAUGGAGGAGCUGAGCACACCGGUGUGUGCCGUGGAAGAAAAGCCUGUGGGGAAUAAUGACGUGACGCUCAAAUGCAAAUCGUCACGAGGCACUCCUCCACUGACGUACAGCUGGACAAAGACGAGUGGAAACCAGAAGAUGCCUCCUAACGCCAUUGAAGACACCACAGGAGAGAACUUGUUUGUAAAAAGGAUCUCAGAGGACAACUGUGGAAGAUAUCGCUGUACGGUGGAAAGUCUGCUUGAUACCAAACACUGUGAGAUCCAACUUAAGUGUCCAUUAUCGAACAAGAGCGAUGCAACCAAUUACAGUGAGAUCCUACUAACUUGUCCAGAGUCACCGGCAAUAACAAGCAAUGGAAAUAAAGUGAUUACAGCAGUGGCUGUGACUGUCGUGCUUUUGCUGGCCAUUGUCUUCGUUCUCAGUUUUUGGUCCUUGAGGAAAAAACGUGGAGAGCUAGUGAUCAAUGAAACAGUGACCGAAUAGUUUUCCAAUGAGAAAACCUUCCGACAAGGCGAAGAACAAGCAUUUUUCUUAAGUUUUUGUUCCCACAGGUACAUUCGUUUUAUGAUGAGGCAGACGCUCUUGGAGGAUGACACCCUGUGGCAAAACCAUCCAUUUUCUAUAACAUUUGUCAUGCAACAUAAUUUGAGGUUAUGUACCCAUGAAGCACACUAGUCCUAGCUGUCCUUUUAA